UGCUGCUGAAGAGGCCGGAGCCGGGUGGAGGGCAGAAGAGGAGGGUGCAGCGGGGCUGCCGAGGGGGAACGAGAAAGCCCUGAGCACCCAGCGCGGGGCGGCGGCGGCAGCACUGGGCGCAAGAUGGUUGUCUGGCAGUAAUUGAUGCAAAUCCACCCAAAGCCUUGAUGUUUGGUUUGUCAAAUUGACACGGUGAAAUCCACAAGGAAUGGAGAAAGCUAUUCCCACUACUUUAUCAGAACAGCAGAAAGAGCACAAGGAUGAUGGAGAAAAUACUGCGCCAAUGUCCCUGGUGUCAAAAAAAGAGGAUUUUGCUGCCCUUGAGUGCCCUCAAGGUGAAGAAAGAAUAACUGCCUUUAUUAAAGAUGCAAAAACAUCUCUGGAAAAUGUGGCUUUGGUGGGGGCGUCAAAGGAAGGGGAGAUUGUUCUCAAGAAGACUGUCCCUGGUUCUUCAGAGAAACUAGAAGCAGCGAGUAGAGAGGGGAAAGUGACGGGUGAGAUGUGUAACCGUAAAGAGGAGCCCAGCUUUUUGACACCAUUUACUCAUCAACAGCCAGAUGCUGCUUUGGAAGCCUGUAAAGUGACUGAUGAGCCCAAUCCUUCUCCUUGUGCUGUUGUCUCAAACACAACUCGCAAGAAGGAAGCCUGCACCAAGGCAGAAGACCGUUUAAAAUCCAGGAAAGGCUGUUACAGAGCAAAAUCUAGGGGCUCAGCAGAUCAAAGAAGCACGACUGCCUUGUGGGAUUGCUCUACACGGGAGACAAUGGGUAGUGUCUCCAAAGAAGAAAGCACUUUAGAAAGACUCCCUGGUUUGAAGGAUUUAGCAAGCUCCAAGGAAGCAGCACGGAAAAAUAAUUAUUAUCCAAAGGAACCCACUUCUGCAAUGGAACCUAACAUUAUAAAAACUGUGCAAAGGAAUACGGAUGAUCUAGAAGGGGAGCUUCAGCCGUUAGACCCUGGCAAAGCAUCAGUGGAAAUUUCACCACCCCCUCCUGGAGCACAGACUGUUAGUGGGGAUGAAAGACACCAUAGCAAUGAACCAAAGCAGCUAGAAGCCUUCAGCAAAGAGCACUUAGACAAAAGGCAAGGGUUGGGAAAGAAGGGCUUUCGGAGGCUUGACUGGCUUUCUGAGCACAAUGAGGGGCUAAGGCCUCCCUACAGAAAUGUAAAUAAGCCAACAGAUGUAGCAACAAACCUGGCCGUUAGGGGACAGUCUGCACGAGAAGCUUCUUUGUUAGCUCUGCCAGUAUUUAGAAAAAUGCAAAAUCCUCACGCAAGUAAAGCAAGGACUGUUGAGAGUGCACUCUCCCCCAGGAAGGGGCAGGCAAUGGACUCCGAUUUAGCCGAAGUAAGUUCUGCGAACACUGCUGAGUGGGCAUUACAGAUGUCAGGGCAUCAGACAGCCACAGACCUUUCUGUCCGCAAACAUGCUUGGACUGCUAAUGCCGGAGAUGUUUCGGAACGUGUUCCUCUGCGGUCUGUGGAAUCUCCUUCUUGCAGCACCUAUGAUGACACAAGACCCUAUAUGUGCAAUGCCCUGGUGGAGGAGCAGGGGAAAGAUGGCGCAGUGCAGGAAGAGGACCCAGCUGUGUACACAUGCAUUGAAUGCAGCAUCUAUUUUAAGAUGAAGGAACAUUUGAUGGACCAUAUGCUUCAGCAUAACAGGGGACUAGGGCUGGAUGAAAGCAGAGAGGGCAUUGGAGGUCAGUGUCAGUUGACCUGUAGUGAAUGUGGAUGGGCUUUUGGGGACAUUGGUUCUCUAGAGCAGCACAGGAGACUCCAUCAGGAGUCCAGAGAAAAAAUCAUUGAGGAAAUUCAGAAGCUGAAUGAAUUCCCAGAUGAAGGCCGUGAUGCCAGGCUACAGUGCCCAAAGUGUGUGUUUGGAACCAACUCCUCUAAGGUGUUUGUCCAACAUGCAAAGAUGCAUGUCAAGGAGAGGAAAGAUCAAAGUUUGAAGAAUGUGAACUUGUUUGGCAGUUCCAGUGGUAGUGAUCCACGGGACAGCUCCAUGCACAACAUAUAUAGUAGACAUUUCAGGCCAAAUGAUCAUGUACCUCAAGUGGCGCAUGCACACAGUAGCAACAAAGGUCUUAGCACUUGCAUGCUUUGCAGCUUUCCAGCCCCAAAUGAAAACAUUUUAAAAGAACACAUGAAAUAUGCUCAUUCCCACUUGUCCUGGAACACGGAGUCUUUUGAAGCAGAUGUAAACCAGCCUGGAACUAGUAGGGAUGCUUACAGCCCUAGCAGGUCAGGCCGAUUUCCAGAAACUGAUUAUUUGAGCAAAGCAGGCAGACAUUUCCCCCAGUCCCACUGUGAAACCACGUCCCACUAUGAAUCCCCUCAUGGCUUCACAGUGGGCCACCAGAGACUUAAUAAAAGCAAUGGCACUAAUAAAAAAGAAAUCCCAAUGCCCGGGUUUCGGGCUAGGAAACGAGCUCCCUAUAGCUCUUCACAUAAGAUCUUGUCUACUCUUACCUCAGUGAAAGCUUAUUCUCCGCAUGCCCUGAAACAAAUAAGGAAUAAAAGCACAGCACCGCCACUUGAGUCUGAGAGAGAGAAUGCCAAAAGCCACCCAGGUGAGCCGGAGGAACUCCAGCACAAAUGGUUACCCAUAAGCGAUAUUAGGAGUAUGGAAGAAGAAUUCCCUUUAGCAACAGAAAUAGAGUUAGCAGAGAAUAGAUAUUUCAGGCCUGUUGCUAUUCCUCAAUCUGCUUUGGACCUCAAAAGGAAUUUCAGGGGCACUUUGAAGGCAACAGAUUAUCCAAUAGCAUCAGCGGGGCAGCAGCAUCAGUUACGUCACAUGGUUCCCAUUGUUCUUGUUGAUGAGAUUAAUAUUUAUCCCAGAAAGAUGAAGCGGCCCAAGAUGAAGAUUCUCAAGAAAAAGAUGUUGCCUCCUUCCCAAGAGUUUGGAAUGGAUGAAUCCCUUCCCUUAGGCGUCUUCCUAUUAGAUUCCUCUUUAGAAAGCUCCUUAGAACUGGAUGAUCUUCUGGAUGCAGAUUCAUUGAUGCUGAAGAAUGAGGAGAGGAAAUGCCCGUACUGUCCUGACAGGUUCCACAAUGGGAUUGGCCUAGCCAAUCACGUGCGGGGCCACCUGAACAGGGUGGGUGUGAGCUACAAUGUCCGUCACUUCAUCUCUGCAGAAGAAGUGAAAGCUAUUGAGCAAAAAUUUUCCUUCCAAAAGAAGAAGAAAAAAGGUAUUGCAAACUUUGAUCCAAGUACUUUCAGUUUAAUGAGAUGUGAAUUCUGUGGGGCUGGCUUUGACACACGUGCAGGAUUAUCCAGCCAUGCCCGAGCUCACCUGAGGGAUUUUGGAAUCACUAACUGGGAGCUCACCAUCUCACCAAUUAACAUUUUGAAGGAGCUACUAGCCAAUUCAUCAGAAUACCCUAUGCUUCAGUCUGCACUAGGAACAGAUCCUUCAUCGCCAAAUCAGGAGAGAGAGAUGCUUGGGUUUGGGCCCUGCAAAAGCACGACCCCCAUAUCUGAAUGCAGCAUUUCACAAUCACCUUUCUCCCCGUUCCCUCCUUCCUGGGGAGAUGAGCCCAUGCAGCCCUUCAGAGAUGUUAUGGCUUCUGAGGAAGAAGAAGAGAUGGUCACUGCAGAGAUGGGGUCACCAGCCCUCCAGAAGAAAAGUUCUCUGGCUGGGUCAUUAGACCAUAUUCCUAACAGAAUAGGAAGCUCACUGUCUCCUGAAACUUCUAGCAAUAAGGCAGAUUCCCAGGAUUCCAAAACACCAAACCUCACAACAUGUGAGGUCUGUGGCGUCUGCUUCGAGACCCGCAAGGGCCUGUCCAGCCAUGCCCGUUCUCACUUACGUCAGCUCGGUGUGGCUGAGUCUGAGAGCAGUGGAGCCCCCAUCGACUUACUCUAUGAACUGAUGAAGCAGAAGGGCAAAGUGGACAGUGGCCCCAUCUCUCCAAGUCUUAGCAAAAAAUCUGGUUCUCCCAAAGAAGGGACUGCAGGGUCCUCACAGCCAACACUGCUGCCUCCCAACAAAGCUACGGAACGGCCGCAAGAGGCACCUAUAAACAAAGCAAUCAAAUGCCCUCCAGGUUUCACCCCCAAGAAUGUUGCCCAGCCAGGAUCUCCCAUACUCAAGAAAGUGACACCUGCUCUGCCUGGUUCUCCUCUGCCAAAGACCCCCGAAGACAAAAGCCCCAAGCUACCGCUGAGCCCUCUGCAGAGUUCUCCUAAAGCACAGUGGUCACAACCGGAGGAAGAAGGCCCCUUAAAUCUAACUGUAGAUAGUGACUCGGGCAGAGAAAUUGACUGCCAGUUAUGUGGUGCCUGGUUUGAAACCAGAAAAGGGCUGUCGAGUCACGCUAGAGCCCACCUGAGACACCUGGGAGUGAGCGAUCCAGAUGCUAAAGGAUCUCCUAUUGAUGUUUUAAAUGAUCUCAUCAAAAGCGAAGACUUCAAAGGCCGCCCUCCCUCUCUCCUCCAUAGCGAGAGAGAAACAUUAGGGGAGACUGGGAGCUCUGAUGGACCCAGCCCAAAGAGCACAGCUACAGCAGCGCCUGCCACAGGCAUGAAACAAGCACACGCACCAAGGCCUUUGGGCAAACAGCCAUCUGUACUCUCACCUCACUCCCCUCCACCAUCCAAGAAGUUGAAGCCACAUGGCCACAGGUUGUCAGCUGCGGCCAGCCUGCAAAGGAAACAGGGUCUUUCUUCCAGUGCGUACUGGGCACCAGAUGCUGAGAUGGCUCCACUCAAUCUCUCCUCUGGAGCAGAACCUGUGCGGGAUAUCAGGUGUGAGUUCUGCGGUGAAUAUUUUGAGAACCGGAAAGGGCUCUCCAGCCAUGCCAGGUCGCACCUCCGCCAGAUGGGGGUAACUGAGUGGUAUGUGAAUGGCUCUCCCAUCGACACCCUCCGAGAAAUCCUAAAAAGGCGAGCUCAGCCUCGGACCAGUACCUCCAACUCCCCAGCACAGGGUCAGAAAUCACUUGCUCUGUCUGUUCUUGGAGGCUCCCUGGAGUCACGCGGUCCAGGGGAGAGCCAUGUGCCUCCCAUGCCUAAGAAGGCGCAGCAGCCAGGGAGCCCUUUGGGGCACUCUCCUACCUCUUCUCCCCCAACUGCUAGAAAAAUCUUCCCCGGGCUUUCUUCUCCCUCUUUGCACAAGAAACUGAAACAAGAUCAGCUGCGUAUGGAAAUCAAGCGGGAAAUGAUGUCUGGGGGACUUCAUAAUGAUUCACAUCUAUCUGAUAGAGCUUGGUCACCACGAGAGGAGAUGUCCCCACUCAAUCUCUCCUCUCGUGCUGACCCUGUGCGGGAUAUUCGGUGUGAGUUUUGUGGUGAGUUUUUUGAGAACCGGAAGGGGCUCUCCAGCCAUGCCAGAUCUCACUUGCGCCAGAUGGGAGUAACUGAGUGGUCGGUCAAUGGCUCCCCCAUCGACACGCUACGAGAAAUCAUAAAGAAAAAGAACAAGCCGUGCUUGAUAAAGAAAGAGCCAAACACAAUGAGCAUUGAGCUUCCACAGCCCAUGGGGGAGGAUGGAGCUGAUCCUAAAUCCCCUGGGAAAAUGCUGCAGCCCAUGGCCUUGUCCCCGCUGGGCGGGAGGACUGGGAAACCACACCUUGGUCGGGAGGUUAGUCUGUCACCACUCAAGUCACCAGAGGGCUUCUUGGCACCACUCUCCACUAAGCGCCCGCUGCCAGAUGAGCGGCUGAGCGGCCACAGUGAAGUGAAGCAGAAAACCUACAUCCAGACGGAAUUGCCAUUCAAAGCCAAGCAUGUGCAUGACAAGCCCACUCAUACAUCCACCGAAGCCUGCUGUGAACUGUGUGGCCUCUACUUUGAGAACCGCAAGGCGCUGGCCAGCCAUGCUCGUGCGCACCUCAGGCAGUUUGGAGUGACUGAAUGGUGUGUGAACGGCUCCCCAAUCGAGACUUUGAGUGAGUGGAUCAAGCAUCGUCCCCAGAAAGCCGGAGCCUAUCGCAGCUACAUCCAAGGUGGGCGGCCCUUCACCAAAAAGUUCCGCAAUGCAUCUCACGUGCGCGACAACGAUGCUUCUGGGAAGAGGGCUCCCCUGAGCCUGCAGGCAGGCAGCCCUCCACUGGCGAACAGAAGCCUCGGUGGGGAGAUAGUGCCCAGUGAGCCUAGCAAAGCUGUUGAUGGUGGCAGUGGCAGUGGCGGCAAUGGCGGUGAUCGACCUGCAGUCACGUCACCUCUGUCGCUGGUAAAGAUGGAGGAGCAUCAGCAGCAUAACAUAAACAAGUUUGAACGGAGACAGGCCAAGCCCGUUGAGGCUCCUCCACCUCGAGAAGAGGAGAUGGCUGAUCUGCAGCAGAAGGUUGAAGAGGUCCGCCAGCCACCUCCCAGAGUGAGACCUGUGCCCUCCUUGGUUCCUAGGCCACCACAGACCUCCUUGGUGAAGUUUGUGGGCAACAUCUACACGCUGAAGUGCAGGUUCUGCGAAGUGGAGUUCCAGGGGCCCCUCUCCAUCCAAGAGGAGUGGGUGCGGCACCUCCAGCGCCACAUCUUGGAGACUAACUUCUCCAAGGCCGAUGCUUUGCGAAGUGGGACCGAUGUGCCUGCGGCACCACCUGUAGCCGAGGCCCAGUAGCAAAGUUCUUAGGAAGCACCAGCAUUCCAGGGUUUCUCUCUUACCUUUCCAAAUGAACAAGAUUAAUGGUUAUCAGAAUGGGGGUGAAAGCAGUAUUUGACACCCCCCUCCCCCCGUGCUCCACAGCUUUGCCCACCUGUAGACUUAACUUGGAUUUUGGGUGGGGCGGAGAGUUCGCGGGAACAGUCCCAGAGUUUGAGCACUAAAUUAACGAUGCUGUUUUUAAUGGAGAUGCUCCUUUUUGAUGGAAAUGGUAUUCCAAACUGGAGCUCGCUUUUAUCUGCACAAAAGUAAAACGGAAAUUUCCUUGUCCUUUCAGUGAAUGCAGGUUUCUCCAAAGACACACACUUGUUACAGGGAGGAAACAUGGACUUGCUCUGUUGCAGUUCAGGCUGUGAGAGAUGUGAUGGUGAGAAUUGUGAAUAUGAGGUUCUAGUGAAAGUUGUGAACAUGAGGAUUUGUUUGAGGUCAGACACAAGCAAGUUGGGAGGGUAAACACAGAGCACUUUGUUCUGUGGGGAAAGCUGUUGAUUCUGUAUGUGACUCUAGAGUUAAUGUAUGUUUGACUCCUUAGGUGACAAGUCUUUAGUUUCUGUAGACGUUGGAUCCUGUUGUGCAUGUUCACGUUCCCUAACUGUGUGAUGGAGGGCCUCAGUCCCACCUGCAUUGAAGGGGAAAUCAUGGACUCUUUGACCCAUAUACAUUUCCCCUUUCCAUAACUUCCCAAUGUCACCUGGUUAUCCCCAUCUGUUUCAUGUGGGACCCUGUAGGGAAUUCAGCUCUGCCACGUUAUGGCAAUGAGAUUUUGGCAAAGGAAUAUGGAUUUUUCCUGUCUUUAGCCUUGGGCUGAAGAAUGGGUAAUGAUGUCCCAUAGAUAACCUCUGCCUGAAAUCAGGAUGACAUGUCCUUCUGGACAAGCAAGUCCUUUCCAAGGGUACCUGAAGAGUUUGGACUUCUUGCGGGUGGAGGGCCUCUAUGUUUCUCCUUUUUAGCAAGAACUUGGUGCAGUUCCCAAACCAGCAACAGUAGGUCCUACUGGAAUUUCUGCCUUCCUGUUAUUUCUCACUGUUGCUGUCCUCGUCUCUCUUCAUAGAACCUCAACUUUUUAAACUCUAGUUUUGUGUAGAAAUAACAAGCAUUCAUUUUUAUUUGGAUCCCAGGCUGAGCAGAGUCUGGAGGCAAAUUACCUUUUAACUUUUUCAAUGGGCAUAUUCUGGUUAUUACUGUACCUAGGAAUAUGUAUAUUAGAUUAAACCUGUUCUGGAAACAAAAGGAGAA